AUGCUAACAAACUCUCCCAAAGCUGAACCCCUCCAAAACACAGUUCAGAUUUUAACCGCGGGAUCGCCACCUCCUUCCGCGGUACUGUUCCGGGUGGAGUCACUUGGUUUUGUGAGCUCGACUAAAGCCACACAAGGAGUUCCGAUUGUUGGGUUCACUGAGAUGGACGUUGUGGAUCCCAAUGCAGGAAAGGGUGUGAAACGUGAUGGGGUGUCACGUGGUGAGGUUGUUUUGAGAGGUGGGUGUGUUAUGCUGGGUUAUUUCAAGGAUCCAUUGGGUACGUCAAAAUGUAUGAAAGAUGGCUGGUUCUACACAGGCGAUGUGGGUGUUAUGCACCCAGAUGGCUAUUUAGAGGUCAAGGAUAGUGUAGAGAUUGAUUCUGUGUUAUAUUCUCAUCCUGCUGUUAAUGAGGCAGCUGUGGUGGCUAGGCCUGACGAGUUUUGGGGAGAGACACCGUGUGCAUUUGUGAGUUUAGAAGAUGGGUUUACUCACAAACCUGAUGAGAAGGAUAUAAUUGAUUAUUGCAGGGAAAAGAUGGCAUAUUUUAUGGCACCAAAAACUGUGGUGUUUAAAGAUGAGCUUCCAAAGACAUCAAAUAGGAAGAUUCAGAAGUAUUUGCUUAGAGAAUAUGCCAAGGACUCUGCCAGGUAA